AUGGAUGAAGUAAUCGGAAUGACAAGUGGUUACGGUUGCGGAAAGCGGAGAAAGUCGGGAACCGUCGGUUACCUUUUGAAUCAAAGUAGCGACAAGCCGAGUAUUACGACUACAGGGGGAGAAGCAAAGCUUCGUAGACAGCUUCGCUUCCUCCUCGCUUCUUUCCUGGCUUUUCGCUCCUCUCCAACCAGUCAAGUGGCCCUUGGGCCACCUCUGGCGCGCCCUAGCCGAGCGGUCCUCGCCUGCACAAGCAAGCAGAUUAGCUCCCUCAUUCUCUUAUUGUGCCGGCAGGCCUGGGCGAACGAGGUAGGGUUAGAUUAG